AUGGCCAGCCCGACCGAAAGCACGCUGCCCACGCGCGCCACGACCACCACCACGAUGGGUGAGGAGGGCGUGAUCGGCGACGAAGAUACAAGCGAGGUGACGAAGCUCUUCCAGGAGCGCCUCCAAGCAUGGAAACACGCGUGCGGCUACCUCGAGGAGUACAUCACCGCGACCGAGAAGCUGCAGAUCAGUCAGGCGAAGGAGUAUGAGAAGGUUUUGAAGACCGUCUCCAACCCCCUGAGGGAAGCGCACCACUUCGACCAGAACCUGGGCGGAAUCGCGGGAAUGUUCGACAACAUCCGUUCGAACACUCAGGGAAUCUCCAACUCGCACAACGAGACGGCCAAGGCGCUGAAGGGCCAGGUGCUGCCGUCGUUCGAGCGCCUGCACGCCGAGAUCAAGAACAAGAACAAGGAGCUCACCAAGGGCGCGGGCAAGCAGGGCAAGGUUGUAGACAAGGCGCGCGCGGUGACGCAGAAGCACAUCGAGUUGCUGGGCCAGCAUGCGGCGUCAUUCGACUCGCAGGGUGGCAAGAUGACGGCGACGGAGGACCCGUACGUGCUGCAGCGCCAGGUCAUGCACCGCCUGAACAAGCAGGUCAUCGAGGAGAACAACAACCGGCAGGACCUCCUGGCCGUGCAGGGCAACUUCUCGCAGUUCGAGGCGCACGUCAUCCAGACGAUGCAGCAGGGUCUGGAGGCCAUGAUGAAGAUCUUGACGGGCCAGCAGGAGCAGACCAAGGCCAUGUACAACGACAUCGUGGGCACCGCCCAGUGCAUCCCGCUGGAUUAUGAGUGGCAAGGCUUCAUCCAGCGCAACACCCACAUCCUCAUCGACCCCAAUGCUCCGCCGCGCUCUGUUUCGAACAUCUCCUUCCCCAACCAGGGCCACCGCGCAACGCAACCGCUGAUGGCCGGCUCGCUGGAGCGCCGCGGCAAGAUGCUGCGCCGGUACGCCACGGCUUACUACGCCGUCACGCCGUCCAAGUUCCUGCACGAAUUCAAGACGGACGACGACUUCGGCGAGGACCCGGAGCCCGAGAUGUCACUGUACCUGCCCGACUGCGUCAUCGGCGCCAUCGACGGCAACAAGUUCAACGUCAAGGGCAAGGAUGUGUCCAAGGGCAAGGUCGGCAACGCCUUCUCCAUGACGCACGAGUUGGCCUUCAAGGCCCACACGGCGUCGGAUGCCGAGAAGUGGUACGAGACGAUCCGCUCGUGCAUCGGCACGACUACCAACGACUCGCCCAACACCCCCGCCGGCAGCAGGGUGUCUAGCACCAAUGUCACCACCAGCCCUACCACCCCGGAUGAGAAGGGUCCCUCGCCUCUGCAGACGCAGGGCAUCACCGGCGGGGACACCGUCGAGAGCCCAGCCGUGGCUAGCGCGCCGACCAGCGAGACCGCUAGUGCGGUCGAGAAGAAGGCUUGA